CGAUCGAUCGAUCAGUAGCGGUCCGGUUCAUCAGUAAGCCGAAACGGAUGUAUUGGCACAAAGGCUGUGACUGUUAGACAUUAGAUUGAGAAGAGCGAGCGCGAUCUCCAAUUUAGGGUUUUGAUUUUCCCCAAUACAAUAUCCCAAGCUGAAUUUGUAGCCCCCCCAAAAGCUGAAUUUUCAUCUCAUAAAUGAUGAGAAUGACGACGAAAAUUGUGUGUGAGAUAGAAGUGUUUUUGUUAUGUGCAGGGAGCGAGUGUGAGGGAUUAAUAGAGAGAGAGGUGAGAAGAACGCUGAGAGAGAUAUUUUUGCUUUUUUCUUUCUUUCAAGUUUUAGGGACUUCACAGUCUGCAGCUUUAGAUUGCGUUUCAUUGAGCCUUAUUGAAGUUUUCCAUGGAGCAGCGAAAGCUUGUGGUUUUGGGUAUCCCAUGGGACGUUGAAACUGAGGGCUUGAAAGAAUAUAUGAGCAAAUUUGGUGAGCUGGAAGAUUGCAUUGUUAUGAAGGAACGGUCAACUGGCCGGUCUCGUGGUUUUGGAUAUGUCACAUUUGCAUCAGUGGAUGAUGCUAAGAAUGUGCUAUCCAGUGAACAUAGUCUUGGCAACAGGAUGCUGGAAGUCAAAGUGGCCACACCAAAGGAGGAGAUGAGGGCACCAGUCAAAAAGGUUACCAGAAUCUUUGUGGCCAGGAUUGCACCAUCAGUAACAGAAGCAACUUUUAGGAGUCAUUUUGAGAAGUAUGGUGAGAUAACAGAUUUAUACAUGCCAAAGGACCAAGGAUCAAAAACACAUAGAGGAAUUGGUUUUAUCACUUUUGCAAGUGCAGAUUCUGUAGAGAACUUGAUGAAAGAAACCCAUGAACUAGGAGGUUCUGAUGUAGUGGUUGAUCGAGCAACACCUAAGGAAGAUGAUUUCAAGCCAAUUGGCAGAACCAGAACUAGAACGUCACAAGCAGGAUAUGGUGCAUAUAAUUCAUAUAUUUCUGCAUCGACGACUAGAUAUGCAGCACUUGGUGCUCCUACUUUGUAUGAUUAUCCCAGUUCAAUUUAUGGAAGAGGAGAACCUGUUCGUGGAAUGUGCAAAAAGAUUUUUGUUGGCCGUCUUCCCCCUGAGGCAACCACUGAGGAUCUUCGCCUGUAUUUUGGAAGAUUUGGCCAUAUAUUAGAUGUUUAUAUUCCUAGGGAUGUCAAGAGAUCUGGUCAUAGAGGUUUUGGUUUUGUGACUUUUGCGGAAGAUGGUGUUGCAGAACGUGUCUCUCGAAGAUCUCAUGAGAUUUGUGGACACGAGGUUGCCAUAGAUACAGCCACACCUCUUGAUGAGGCAGGGCCCAGUAGGAAUACUAUGUUGAAUAGCGUGGAUUCUUUCAGAGGAUAUGGCGGUCCUGUGAGGCCUUAUGAGAGAAUGUACGAUAGCCUGGACUACGAUGAUUGGAGUUAUGGAGUUGCUAGCAGAAGACCACCACCAUCAAGAGCUGAUUGGAGGUAUAGACCAUACUAGGAUAGCAAGGUUUUAUUGGCCACAUUGAAUUCAAAUGCUGCCAUGGGUGCCAUGAACUGCUGUGAAGGUCUUCUAUUGAGAAUGAUUUAAAUUUUAUUAACACCAAGAGUUGGAUUUUUCUUUAACACAUUGUAAACCAGAUAAAUUCUUUAUUUUUUUGCCGCUUGAACUUCAAACUUGUAUUCACUUAUAGUCUAUAUGAUGAAAUUAAAUUGCCGUAUGUUAUAAAUCUUCAAAGGCAAUUUUUGGUUUUGAAAUUUACUCUA